AUGGCCGGCCGUCCGCCAUACCAGCAAUCCAACGCGUCCUCCACAGACCCCUUCGCGGACAGGCCCAGGCACAUCGCCAUCCAGGAGCCCUCCCCGCGCGCCUACGAGUCCACCGUCUCCCUCACAGCCGACAAUGACGGCUCCUCCGAGGGCGACUUUCAGGAGAAGCAGCCGCUCGCUGCCGGCCAGCCAGGCUUUGCUGGUGGCUUCUACCCGCCUGGGCCUGUCGACCCCAGCGCGUACGGAGAUCCGUACGCGGGCGGACGACCCAUCUCAUCCGCCAGCUCUCUCACCAACGGCGUAGACACCGCCUGGCGUCGUCGACAGACGAUCAAGCGCGGUGUCACCAAGAAGGUCAAGCUCACGAACGGCAACUUCAUCACAGAAUACCCCGUGCCAACACCCGUCUACUCUGCGAUUGAGAGCAAGUGGACCUCGAACAGCAACACGACCGAGUUCUCACAUAUGCGUUACACUGCCGCCACCUGCGACCCCGACGAAUUCACAGAGGCAAACGGCUGGUCUCUUCGUCAGAAGAUGUACGGCCGCGAGACAGAGCUCUUGAUCGCUGUCACGUCUUACAACGAGGACAAGACGCUCUACGCCCGUACGCUCCAUGGCGUGAUGGUCAACAUCCGUGACAUCUGCAAAACGAAGCAGUCGAAGUACUGGCGUCGGUCUGCCGAGGAGGGCGUUCCGCCAUGGCAGAGGAUCACCAUUGCGCUCAUUGUUGACGGGCUCGAGGCCAUGGACAAGACUGUCCUCGAUAUUCUUGCCACCAUAGGCGUGUACCAGGAUGGUAUCAUGAAGAAGCAAGUUGACGGCAAGGAUACCGUUGCCCACAUUUUCGAGUACACGACUCAGCUCUCUGUCGACCCAACACCGCAGCUUAUCCUGCCGCAUGGCGAUGACCCUAAUAACCUUGUACCGGUGCAAAUCGUGUUCGUGUUGAAGGCCAAGAAUCAAAAGAAGAUCAACUCGCAUCGUUGGCUAUUCAAUGCGCUAGGGAAGAUCAUGAAUCCUGAGAUCUGCGUUCUCAUUGACGCCGGUACCAAGCCAGGACACAAGGCCAUCUACCAUCUCUGGGAGGCGUUCUACAACAACCCGAACCUUGGUGGCUGCUGUGGAGAGAUUCACGCCAUGAUCAACAAGGGCAAGAAACUGCUCAACCCACUCGUUGCAGCCCAGAACUUCGAAUACAAGAUGUCCAAUAUCCUCGAUAAGCCGCUCGAGUCCUCGUUCGGCUACGUAUCGGUGCUGCCCGGUGCUUUCUCCGCCUACCGUUACCGCGCUAUUCUUGGCCGGCCGCUCGAGCAGUACUUCCACGGUGAUCACUCGCUCGCCGACCGUCUGGGCCCCAAGGGUAUUCACGGGAUGGGUAUCUUCACCAAGAACAUGUUCUUGGCUGAAGAUCGUAUCUUGUGUUUCGAGCUUGUCGCCAAGGCGAACUGCCGUUGGACGCUUACCUACGUCAAACCCUCUAAAGCCGAGACGGAUGUGCCCGAGAGCGCUGCCGAGCUCAUCGGUCAGCGUCGUCGUUGGUUAAACGGGUCCUUCGCCGCCAGCAUCUACGCCGUCGUGCACUUCUUCUACCUUUACCGCUCCGGCCAUGGCAUCAUCCGCAUGUUCUUUUUCCACAUUCAGACGCUCUAUACAAUCAUCUCGCUCUUCUUCUCCUGGUUCGCCCUCGCGAAUAUGUGGUUGACGUUCAGCAUUAUCAUCGACUUGUUACCAGACCAGGGCGUGGUCAUUUUUGGUGGCAACAACGACACGGGUCUUGAAAUUACACAUUGGGUCAACCUCGCGUUCAAAUGGAUAUACCUCGCGUUUCUUGCACUGCAGUUCGUGCUCGCGCUCGGCAACAGGCCAAAGGGUGAACGCGGGUUGUAUACGACCACUCUCUGGGUCUACGCCUUCCUGUCGCUUUACUUGCUCGUUUGCUCGAUGGCGCUCACGGUCAAGUCUUUCCUGGCAAUUCCCGACGAACUCAAGAACAAAACGACCAGUCAGAUCAUCGCGACUUUCUUCACGCCGCCAGUCGGUUCACUUGUUGCCGCCAUGGUCUCAACGUUUGGCAUCUACCUAAUCGCGUCACUACUGUACCGCGAUCCGUGGCACAUGUUCUCGUCAUUCUUCCAGUACCUCGCGCUCGCACCGUCGUUCACCAACGUGCUCAACGUCUACGCGUUUUGUAACUUACACGACGUUUCUUGGGGUACAAAGGGCUCAGACAAGGCUGAUAUCCUGCCUACGGUCUCGUCCAAGAAGAGCAAGGAGGGUGACCAGGCUGUCGUCGAAGAAACUGCACGCGUGCAGGAGGAUCUCGAUGCGGCUUUCAAGGAGACGGUCACUCGCGCAGUGACGAAGGUUGAGGUGAAGGAGGAGAUUGAGAAGCCGACGCUAGACGACCAGAACAAGACGUUCCGCACGCGUCUUGUCGCCUUCUGGAUGCUCACCAAUGCUGGACUCGCUGUCGCUAUCGAAAACAUCAACGGUCUCGUCGAUACGACGAAUAGCAAGGAAAUUCUUCAGGAAGAGGCGGACCUGCGCACGAAGCAGAACGACUACUUCGCGUUUAUCCUCUACUCGACGUUCGGUCUGUCGCUCAUCCGCUUCAUCGGUUGCCUGUUCUACCUCUUUAAGCGCAACCUAUUCAAGUGUUUCCGCCGGGCUUGA